AUGGGUUGGGAAGAGAUCGCAGCCGAUAAAAGGCAACGCAUCGAGAAAUCCAUCCCGGCCGAAUGGCGCGUGGAUGUGAAAUCUAUCGUCGGGCCAGAUGAGGUCUCGUUCAUGGAUGUACCGGUCAAAAGUGGUCUUUUGACACCAGAAGAACUGGCCAUCACGGGGUCUUCGGCUGUCGAGUUGGUCACGAAGCUUGCGAAGGGGGAGUUGAAGUCGGUGGAUGUGACACUGGCAUUUUGCAAGAGGGCGGCUUUGGCACAUCAGGCGGUCAACUGCGUGUUGGAGUUCUUCCCCGAACUUGCUCUGGCCCAGGCGAAAGAGCUCGAUGAGUACUAUCAGCAACACAAGACCACCGUGGGCCCGCUCCAUGGCCUGCCCAUCUCGCUCAAGGACCAGCUUCGAGUUAAGGGCCUCGAGACGUCUAUGGGAUAUGUGGCUUGGCUUGGGAAAUAUGACAAAGAGGACUCGGUGUUGACGGCGCUGCUGCGCAAGGCUGGCGCCGUCUUUUACGUCAAGACAAGUGUCCCGCAGAGUCUGAUGGUUUGCGAAACCAUCAACAAUGUCAUCGGUCGCACGCUCAAUCCACGGAACAAGAAUUGGUCUUGUGGAGGCAGUUCUGGCGGUGAGGGUGCUAUUGUCGGCUUCCGGGGAGCGGUCAUUGGUGUUGGAACGGAUAUUGGCGGUUCAAUCCGAGUCCCGUCCGCAUUCAACUUCCUUUAUGGCAUCAGGCCGAGUCAUGGGCGCAUGCCGUACGCAAAAAUGGCGAAUAGCAUGGAGGGACAGGAGACUGUUCAUAGUGUUGUCGGACCCCUCGCUCAUUCGGCCGACGACUUGAAACUGUUCGUAACCUCCGUCCUCCAACAGGAGCCUUGGAUGUACGACUCCAAGGUCAUUCCGAUGCCAUGGAGACAGGCGGAAGAGGACAUCAUCACCUCCAAGCUGCAGAGUGGAGCGGGUGGGCUGACCCUGGGGUUCUUCAACUGUGACGGAAAUGUUCUUCCCCAUCCUCCUAUCCUGCGUGGUAUUGACAUGGUGGUAUUGGCUCUGAAAGACAAUGGCCACACCGUGGUGCCAUGGCAGCCUUACAAGCACGGUUAUGCAGUAGACUUGAUCCAGAAGAUCUAUUCCAGUGACGGUGGCCAGGAUAUAUUCUCGGUUUUGAAAGAGUCUGGAGAGCCCGCCAUUCCCAAUAUCAAAGACCUGGUCAACCCAUCCUAUCCGAAAUUGGACAUGAAUGAGAUCUGGGAAGUGCAGCGCCAGAAGUGGAUCUACCAGAUGGAGUAUCUGGAGCAAUGGCGGCAGAGGGAGGCAGACCUUGGGAGGGAGAUCGACGCCUUCAUCGCCCCUAUCACUCCCACCGCGGCCGUUCGCCAUAACCAGUUCAAGUACUACGGCUAUGCGAGCGCCAUCAACCUUCUCGACUGGACAAGCGUCGUUGUACCAGUGACGUUCGCCGAUAAAGCCGUGGACAAGAAGAACACGGACUUCAAACCUCUGACUGAGAUUGACGGUGUCGUGCAGGCUGAAUAUGACCCUGAUGCCUAUCACGGUGCCCCUGUCGCUGUGCAGAUUGUGGGCAAGAAGCUGAGCGAGGAGAGAACGUUGGCCAUUGCGAAGGAGAUUGGACGCCUCCUGGGGAAUGAGCUUACGCCGUAG